AUGCUUUCUUUAGUCAAAGGAAGCGUCAGUCGCUCUACAACUUUCUUAUGUUUAUAGACCGACAAGUCCCUCAAGCAAAGUUACUUGAAACAGUGAACCAGUCAGCUGUGUCUAUCUUCAUGUUUCUAGCUCUAUGGCUCUCGAGACAUACGACUCUACUGCGGCGUGCUGUAUACUCCUUAGGAGAGGAGAUCGCUCAUUUACUGUCGUCCACAAGGGUCUUGAAGCUUUUCAAAUCUUUGCAGAGGACAAGGCAACAAGUUUUCAAAAAUGAUUGUAGAGCCCUAGAAGCUGCAAGACUUAAGAUAAAUGAACAAUUCAAAAAUAAUAAAGAUGAGACUUCUUCUGAAAGAAUAGCGGAGCUUAUAAAAAUAGGUUCAGAUGUAGAAGUAAUACUCAGAACGUCUGUUCUUCAAGGCGUUCAUGUGGAUUCCAACAAACUCUUGCUUAUACCGAGAAAAGAGCUGCUGUUGGACAACAUAACCCUGAGUGACACACCAAAGCAGAAGUCAUGAAUUUGGGCGAAUAAAGUUUUAUGAUUGCUGGGGGACGGAGGUGCUGAAUGAUUUCAGUUCAAAUUGAGGAGACAUGACUGCUGCGCUGCAAGAUUGAGAAAGAGAUAAACUGUAGGGAUGUUCCUCUUGUCACACUUUAACAAGAGCUGUCAUGGUCAUUUUACAAAGCACCACAGACACACAGCAGCAUGUUUAAUGCUUAGCCAUAUUGGUGGGGAGGAAUUUGCCUACGGAGACAGCAUCCUAAUAUUUUUGCAGUUCACAGAAGGAAUUCUAGAUAUAGCAAAUUUUGGCAAAUUGCUUGCUAAAAGCUCCUACAAUAAGAUGCACAGCAAACACAUAAUACCCCCAGUGAACUGCAAAAUGAUGCUAACAGUCCUAUGUUACAAAUUAAUAUUGGAACAUACAUUUAUUUUAUAUACUGUAUACAUACUCACACAAACCCAGAGUGGCUAACAUGCGCAUAAAAGUGAAAUAGUAAAUUUACU